AUGAGCUUUCAGACGCUCCGCAAACUGUCGGUAUGUUUGAGCGUGCUCUCGUUGUUUCUUUGCCGACAUGCGGCCUCCGGCAAGAAGACAGGCUGCUUCAGGGUCAACAACUGCAAGUGCAUCAUGAAGGACGGCAGCGGGGUCAUCAACCUCCAAGCCAUGGGAGAUGCUGAUGGUUUUCUGGGGCGGAUGAAGCAUGUUCCUGCAGACCACGUGCCAGUCAAUGAGGAGAUUCUGCUGACUUUUAGUCCAUGCCAACCUUUCUCACAGCCAGAAGACCUGACAGGAAGCGACUGUACCAAUGUUGCUGCGUGCCUCAUUGUCAGGUAUCAGCGCUUCAACAGCUACGUUCACCGCUUCAUCAACUUUGGAGGACACGACGGCAAUGACUUCCAUUACAAUGACACCCUGAAGACGCUGUCAGUCUCUUACUUUGGGCACAAAGACGUGCCGCUAACAACGGUCCAUUAUCACUGUAAUCCAAACCAGUCUACAUCCUUCAUCCGGGACCAGAUGUUGGAAGAAGAAGAGCUGCUGCACAUCUGGGUGGAGAGUCCAUGUGCUUGUCCUAACGCCUGCGCCAUUGGAGAUCUUGGUCUUGGAACUAUCUUCCUCAUCAUCCUUUCUCUCAGCGCUGCUGCGUACUUCAUCCUCGGUUCCUGCGCUCUUAGGCCUUUUCGGAGCAGCAGUGGGGUUCAGAUCUCUCCGGAACACAGCGUGUGGUGCAUGAUCUGCUACCUCUUCACGGAAAAAAGGCCAGCAAGAAAGUACUACACAGACAUGACACAUUCCGAAGUAUCCCCGAAAGACUGCGUGAUGUCUUCAUCUGUCAAAGUUUAGGACUCUUAACCACCUCAUGAGAGGUAAAAUCGUAGUGCACUGAAUCGUAGUGCCCUUUCUUGGCUUUCUGGGGCGGAGCCACCUGUGCUCAGUUUGCCAUCAGGCCUUUUUAAGCCUUACUGCUCGUCCGCCUUCGCUGUCCUGCAUUUAUUUACUUCUUUGUAGUUGUGCUUGUCAUUUAC